AUGCGUCGCCCAUCUGCUGAUCUUACCGACCCCUCACGAACCCUCGAAGAAUCGAAUGGCCCUGUAUCCGACGACACCAUGGCCAUGGAUUUGGACCUUGCUAUGCCGCCGUCCGACGACGAUGUGCUAGAACAAGACAAUAGGAUAUAUACGCCUCCUCCCAGAGUAGCGGCUCGCUUCUACCGACCCUCACAGGCUCGUCGCAGAGACUCUGCCGCCUCGUCACGACGUAAUUCUAUCUCCUCGGCUCAUUCGCGAUGCUCUUCUCUUCAGCACACCGCCUCUCGCGACGACAACGACCAAAGUAAAUAUGUUGCGCAGCACCUCCGACGGGCCUCGUUCCUUGAGGACCGCAGAGCCCGUCUUGCCGAUAGGGCCGCCCACGCCGAAAAGGUGCGGCUUCGUGCUGCGCUCGCCAAGGCGCAGCCUCGUGGUCCAACUGCGUCUGAAGAGCGUUCUCUUGCUGCCCAGCAAGCACGGGAGCGCAACUUGGCUGAGAUUGUUGCCAAUUGCGCAGAGGAGGUUCGGAAGGCUAAACAAGUUGCUGAACUGACCAAGGAGAGAAGGGAACAGGAGAUUGCCAAGAUGCGCGCGCAGAUUGAGGAGCGCAUGGCUGAGGCGGAGAAAAGGCGAGAAGAGCUUCGAAGUAAAAAUGCUACGAAGCGGGCUCGUGGUCAGAGUGUCAUGACUAGAAAGGCAAAUGAUGCUUCCUCUCAAGACAGGGACGAUGCCAGACCCGCCUUGUCUGAGGAUGAUGCUGCCGCACGCAUUCAAGGGUGGUGGAAGGGCUGCACUCGCAAGAAGAUUAUUCAAGAGUUUAACAGCCUAGGGCUGUCCGUUGACGGAAUUAGAGAUACAUCUUUCGAUACAGUGGUUGAACUACUGGCGCAAGAGAAGGUUUUGAUUAUUACGGCACGACUUUUGGCAAUAUGCGGCCUUCAAGAAGGCGAGGCAGGAUCGGUGGACGAGAUGGCUGCUGUUCGCACAUUUUUGAGUGCGUUCCUCAUCUUGGGCCACCCUAAUCAGGUAUUGAGCAACAAGAAUGAGCAUGGAGAGGAUGACGAACCCGACGAUGUCUUGGUUUCCCACCGAUUGCCCAGCACAGACCUGGCAAACCCCCAAUUGCAAGAUUUAGUUGGGAAGGCGAAGGAUCUUCUUGUCAAUUUUGAGAACAUUCUGGUGCGGCUCACUGCGUCUAACCGGUACACGAUGCCCCCAGGACUGAAAAAUACUCUCCCGGAGGCAUAUGCUGUCUUUUACAACGCCUUUAUCUCCUGGAAAUCUCGCGAUUCCAACGCGCUGAUUGAAGUCAUGCUGAUGCAGUUCGUGGAGCUGGAUGCUAUUUUCCAGACUGUCAAGGACACAACAGAUGACGCGGCGGCUGCUCUUUACCGACAAAGCAUCCAAGAUUCCCAACUCAUGCUAAUUGUGCGAAUCAAGAAGCUGGCCGGCGCAGAGAGGGGCAAAAAGUUGAUCUUCAAGGCUGUUAGUGAAGCGAGAAAGUCUCGCAAAGCGAAGAAACAGACCGGGGACACGAAGCCCCGAGUUGCCGACGACGGAUCUGCCGGUGAUGCAACUGCCACCGCUUCAAGCCUUGUGUCGACGGAGUCGCAGACCCUCACGCCCCCCGCGACGCCCUUGGGCAGAAGCGAAAGCAAACCUAUCGUGAUUAAGACUGGAUUAAAUGGUCUACUGCCAGACAAUCGUAUCGUCGUCCACGAACUGGCUAUUAAUAAGGAGUACCAAAUUCCAUCUGAAGAGUACGUGGAGCAGCAGGCUGUUCUGGCUCGACCGCUGUACAUGCAGAUGAGGGCUGCCAUGGCUGAGAAUGAUACCGUGGCAAAUUUCAAGUAUUUUAUUCUCAUGGCUGGAAACAUCAAGGAGAAGUUGCAACGGCUGUUGAAACCCGGCAACUCAAUGUACAAUCUCAUUGGGGAGAUUCUCGAUCCCGAGAUGGCCGAAAGACAAUUCACCUUGGGCAGCUUCUCCUACGAAAAGUUCUUCACCGCUAUGGGCUCACUACUUCCCAAGCUGUGCGCGCCUUUCCGGGAUGACGAGGUCAAGGAUUUGGUACAGAAUAAGCUGAGCGACGGUGACUUGAUUGAUCGGGUUGAGGUGUUGAACAGCUUCAUCGACGUGAUGCUUUGUGAUUAUAUCAACUACCUGCUGAGAAUUGCCGCGCCGCAGCUGAUUGAAUCUGCCGCCCAAUACGAAGCGAAGCGAUUUACGGCGGACAUUGUGGAGGGAGGCAUGAACCUGAACAUUGCUGAGGCUGCUUGGAGAUCGGCCACCGCCAAGGUGAUGAACGAGGUGCAGAAGCGAGAUCCAGAGGGCAUCAACCACCCCAAGUCACAGCCGACCGCUGCUCGGUUCUAUGCUCAGCUGCUGGUCGAUGUCUUCACACAACCUACACCAGUGAAAAUGGAGCAGAUUCCGGAAAUGCUGCAGCUUGAUCACCGGCGCAUCAACGAAGUGUCUACCAUGAUUCAGCGCAUCAUUACCGCCGGGGCUGUGCUGCUGCAGUGCAAGAAUAUCCUCAAGCGUGAUGUGCGGUCUGCCUGGAAGACGGAAGCAACUCGGAUCAUGACGGUCCUGGAAGCCAACCAUUCCUCGUUAGACGCGACUGUUCAAGGCACAAUGGCCGCCCUCGAAGCAGGUCGUUCCAUGCCAGCCGUCACCAAGUCCCACCUCCGCGCUCUGGUAACCAAAGUUCUCAAGGCAAGCCAAGAAAUGUCUGAGCAGUCCAUGGAGCCUCGAGAACCUGUGCUUCGAUUACUGUUGACUCGUCUGCGAGGCAAUAUCCUCGCAAGACUCGCACCCGGGUCGGCGAGCGAAAAGGUCAAGGCGGCGAACACGGCGGGCGAGAAACUGGCUAGUUUGGGAUUGUCCGAAUUUGUCGAGCGGGUGAGACAUAUUUCUGACUUGUUGGAUAAGGUUGGUGCUGUUGAUAGAGCAGCACACAGUCCGUGGUGGGAUGCGGUUGCCACCAAGAUACAGCAGGAGGAUAUUGCGUGA